UGCCCUCACAGACAGCCCUCAGCAUCACCGAAACUCGUCAAAGGCUUUCCCAGCAGCGCAGCAUGCCCUCCACACUCAGUGAGUUAUUUGCAGCCCGGGCUGCGCAUGUUUCCUGCUUCACUUCCUCUUUUCGUUCAUUCAUUCAGACUUGCUUUUCCUUACAGACAGCUACCUGCUCAUGGCCACUCUGCUGCAAGUUGCUCUGGGAUCUCCGAUCAAAGUUGCAACUCUUGAGAACCUGGCAGGUGACCCCUCAGGUGAGGAAGGGGAGCUGACCUCAAACCUUCUGAGUGACUCUGGGAUCUGGGAACUGAUCCUCAGUGUGACCAACAAUCUCCAAAAAGAGGUGAGACUUUAUCUUGAAGGAAUCCAGCUAGAUGUUUCAAGCACGCUUAAAGAAAACUCCUCUCCUGACUCUCUUUAUAAUUCCCUCUUUUAGUUUGAAGCUGAAUUUGGAAACCAGGUGAGUUAUCACAUACUGGAGGACUACAACAUCUCCUCACUCCCAGAAAGCUGCACCUACUCCAACUUAAGCAAGGUACGUCCUCUCUUCUAUUGCUUUGAUUGCCUUUAGGAUUCAUGACUGGAGUUUGUUUGAGGCGCUGAUGCUGAUUUUCUGCCCUCUCUACAGGAAGCAUGUCUCCAGAGAUUGGCCGAGGGUCUGUUUAUGUACAAAGUUCUCCUCAAGCAUGUUGAGAGGGAGUAUCCCAGCAACCUCAAAAUCUCUGAAGCCAGACUCCAUUGCGGCCAGCUGAUCAGCCUCAUCAGAGACAACGUGAGUCUAAGAUACGAGUACUUGUCUUUACUACAAAGAACUACUCACUGAACUACAGCUGUAGUGAUCAAUUAUUAUAGUGACUCAGUAUUUUGUUGAUUGUUCUGGGCAUUGAUUAAGUAAUCUAAUAAGAAAUGCUGUGUGCUCAGGUACCUGAGUGCUGUCAGACUGUAAAGUUCGCUCAGAAAAAGCAGAAAACGUAGUUGAACUGUUAGGUCUUUCCAAGAGAGACGGUAAAAAGGUGACUCAUGUACCGGCAUGAGGAGGAUUAACAGUCUUUUGAAAGUGCGAGCUAAUCAAAAUGAAAUCUAGAGAAAUUUAAAGCUCCUGUAAGUCAUGUUCUGUUUGUGUCAAUGUUGGCACCACUUGUAAACAAAGCAGUCUUUGCUUAGCUUUUUAUUUAUAGAUUUCAGUAGGACAAAAAUCUCAACCUUAACAACAAAAUGUACCGUUCAUUGUUAAAAAUCACUAGUGAAAAAUAUACGUACAGGGCUGCCUCUUUAAGGCUGACACCUACCCUCUCCAGCAGGUUUCAGGCAGUAAAAUUUGUGUAAAACAGUCAGUGUCGUCACUAAGAGUCUUGUUUGCUUUUGAAUACCAUAAAAAGGUAUUACUAUGAAUAUUAUAUUGAAAAAGUCCUCACAAGAGCUUUAAAACUACAAGUGACAAGGAUGAGAGAAUCACUGAGUGUGUCGGCUUUAUGUUGAAAUAAAUAUUCAAACAACGAUGAAAACAGAAAUCUUUUCCAGCCUCCAGGCUUUUUAAUAUUCAAGUUACUUCACUGAUUCACAUUCCUGUUUCGGUGCUUCACUGAACAUUAAUUUUUGAAUCAAAUACCUUUUGAAUUAACCACAGUAAGUCAUAUUUUCACCUGCUUUGCAAACAAUCAGGUGUAUUGCACAUGCUCUAUGCGCCCCUCAUGAGUUCAACAUGUCUGCUGGGAGCUUAACAAGUCAAGUGAUCAUGUUUCUGACAUGUGUUUCACAGAUGAGGCACCCUGAACGUGUCACAGAGAUGACCAGCAGCCAAGAGGAGCAGCUUUUGAAGGAAAUCAGCAGCCCCUAUGCUUUCCAAAGAAAGAUGACGGCACACAGCAUCCUGCUCCAGCUCCGCAACUUCCUUCUCAAAGGCAAAAGGGCGAUCAAAAAAAAGGAAAAGGCUGGACAGAGCAAGACACCCAUCAGCCUCAAUUCAACGAUGUAAAAAUGAGGAGCCGGUUAUGGUGGAAUACCUCAGAGAAAUUACGUUGUUCUAACGCUUAAGUUUGUUUGUUUUAAAGGAGAACAGCCCGCUUAGUGUUGGUGCUGUUUCUGACACUGUCAAGGCCUCAGGGCUGGAAUUACCCAGUGUUACACAAUUUAUUUAACCUAUUUAUAUUUACCGAAAAGUGUUAUUUAUUGGUCAGAGUAGAAUCCAAGACUGUGACUUUUCUGCACUAUAUGCGUUUUUCUUUUUCUUUUACAAUUAAGUUAUUUAAAUAUGAAAAUUGUAUUUAUGAAUUUUGACCAUUUUAAUACAUUGUAAAAAAAAUCUGAAGAGAUUAUCGUGUGAUCAUUCCUGUAAACAGUGAUUUUUACACUGAAAAGACUGAGCUGCUAUUCAUUUACGUUUGUCAUUAUUUAAGUGAAUUUGCCGUUUAUUUUAUUCUAAUUCCAUGAUCUUUUUGUAAUGAUCCGAGCACAUAAAAAAUG